GGCAGGGCAGGGCAGUCCAUGCCAGUCCACAAUUUUUUUUCUUGGGCCCGAAUAUUCACAAACUCGACGGAGCCAAGUUCUCUGCACAUCAACACCGGCCGAUUCACUGACCCCACUGCCAUUUUUCCUAUAACUCCCUCCUCUUUUCCCUCCACCCUCCUUCUCUGUCUGUUCUCCUCCUAUACAGUCCCUACCGUCAACUCUUCUCUCCCCUACUGCUUGCUUUCGCGUAGGGUCUACCUCAGACCCUGCUGUUCCUCUCCUCUUACACACAAUCAAUAGAGAGAAGAGUCACGUUGGGCGCAUUUCUCUGUCGACCACUUCUUUGCAACAGAGUUUGUUCCGCGACCGCCAAGCCGUAAGAGUCGGGCCAGGAAAGGAGACAUGAGCCUAACCAGACAGAGAUCGAGUCGAGACCCGGAGAAGUUCCCCACCGCGCAGUUGUUCUUGCUUGCCAUUGUCCGUCUCGCAGAGCCUAUCGCCCUCACCAGCAUCUUUCCCUAUGCCUGGCCACUUGUCAAGAAAUUCCAUGUUGGCGACGAGAACGAUGCCUCAUUCUACGCGGGGCUCCUCAUCUCCGCGUUCGCGCUGGCCGAGUCAUUGACGGGAAUGUUCUGGGGUGGCCUGUCAGACAGAAUUGGAAGAAAGCCUGUGCUGCUCGCAGGCUGUGCGGGAACCAUGCUGAGUAUGGUGAUGGUGGGAUUUGCCUCGAAUAUCUGGGUGGCGUUGGCUGGGAGAGCAAUCGGAGGCUUUCUGAACGGAAAUAUUGGGGUCAUCCAGACAAUGGUGGCAGAGCUGGUCACCAAGCCAGAACACGAGCCCCGUGCCUACUCUGUGAUGCCUUUCGUCUGGUCCAUCGGUACGAUUAUCGGGCCCUGCAUUGGUGGGACAUUCGCAGAUCCAGUGUCAUCGUUUCCAGCCACCUUUUCUGCAGGUGGUCUCUUUGGACGCUUCCCCUAUCUGCUGCCGAAUCUGAUCUGCGCAACUAUGCUCGGGGUGAGCAUCUUGGCCGGAUGGCUCCUGUUGGAUGAGACACACCCAGAUAUGCAACCCAAUGUGCUCCUUCCAGACUCAACUUAUGUUUCCGAGGAGACGCCUCUAGUACAAACCGCAGAUGCCAUCAAGAAGCCAGCUGUGGACCUCCGUUCUGAAUCUUAUGGCACGUUUGAAGGCAGUGACGAUAGUGUUUGGAGACGUACAGUGGACAAAACGAAAGGCCCGAAGAUCUUCACCAAGCGGGUUGUUGCAUUGAUCAUUGCCUUAGGAAUUUUCACUUACCACUCCAUGACUUACGAUCACCUGCUCCCUAUCUUCCUUGAAGACGACCGCCGUGAUCCAAUGUCCUCCAUCUCGGUGUUCGCGCAAUCCGCAUUUGGGAUAAACCCCUUUUACUGCCCUGGCGGCUUGGGACUGAGUGUUCAGAGAGUCGGCAUGAUAAUGAGUAUCAACGGCAUCAUUGCCUUGUUUGUUCAAGCUGCUAUAUUCCCGCUUGCAGCAGAAAGGCUUGGGAUCCACAGACUCUUCAUCGUGGUAUCUAUUCUACAUCCGAUCGCCUACUUUAUCGUGCCCUAUCUGGUAUUCCUACCAGAAUCGUACGUCACGCUUGGAAUCUAUUCCUGUCUCGCAAUCCGAAACGUGCUGUCGAUUCUUGCAUAUCCAGUGCUCUUGAUCUUGAUCAAAGAGGCGACCCCCUCUCCUUGCGUUUUGGGGAAGAUCAACGGUCUGGCUGCUUCUGCAGGAGCUGCCUGCAGGACCGUCGCGCCACCCGUCUCUGGAUAUCUCUACACACUUGGCGCAAGGAUGGAUUUUACUGGUCUCGCAUGGUAUGGAAGCACAUUCGUGGCGUGCAUUGGAGCAGUUCAAUGUUUUUCAAUCAAGAGACAGAGGAAUGAAAUGGAUUUCGGGGAUGGGAGCAAAGAACUUGUGCACACUGUAUUACUGACUGAGGCCGAUGACGAAGACUGAGUUCGGCUGCUACUCGAAGAAAGUGUCGACUUAUCAUCUGGGAGACUGAAAUAGAAGGAUUUGGGUGGUAGACUUGGGCAUUAGGCGGCGUUUUGAGGGCGUUUUGAGGGCGUUUUAGCGAGGGUGUAAGUUAUCUUGUCACUUGCACUUAGUACGAUUGCGUUCUAUAAUUUGUAUUUUCGGGGAUCAAAGGCCAGAAAGGCCGAUCAUUCUAGAGACGGGGGAAAGUGUGCGCAAUGAAUAAAUGAGUCAACUACUUACAGAAAUCUCCUCAUCCUGUUCAGCAAUUCUAGAGCGUAGCAAGGCCGUACAGUAGUCGAAUUGACCUCUCCCCGCGAGCAAGGGCUGGAGUACUGCGAUCAAC